GCAUGCAACUCCUGCUUCUUCUGUUUCACUUUCGGAUUAUUUGUGCCUAAAACGGUGUGCCGAAAAGAGAACACGGUGAGAGAACCUCCUGCAUUCUUCAUCACCAUGUGUGUGGCUCCUCUCCUGCUGCUGCUCUCACUUCCCUUUCCCCCCUCAUCCGGUGCCCAGUUACCAGAUCAAAACCAAGCCAAGCGCGUCCCAGUGGCAACCAACGGACAGCCCUUCCCCUGGGACCGCAUGAGACUCCCUAAAACGGUCUCCCCCCUCCACUAUGACCUCUCUGUCCACCCGAACCUCACCACCCUUGACUUUACAGGCAUUGUUCGAAUCCAGCUGAAUGUGCUCGAAGACACCAGUACAAUCGUGCUCCAUGCCAAGAAGAUGCAGAUAUCCAACGUGCUGCUCCUUGCACCUGAAGGCGUGAGGCCUUUGCAGGUGUUGGAGUAUCCUCCUUUCCACCAGCUCGCCUUGCUGUCAGACUCUGUUCUGACCAAAGGGAGGAGGUAUGAAGUUCAGCUACAGUUUGCCGCAAACUUGUCCGACAGCUUCCAUGGUUUCUACAAGGGCAGCUACCGCACCAGCAGCGGGGAGGAUCGGGUUCUGGCGUCCACACAGUUUGAAGCCACCUUUGCUCGCGGAGCUUUCCCCUGUUUCGACGAGCCCGCCUUCAAAGCCAACUUCACCAUAAGGAUUAUACGAGAGCCACGCCACAUAGCUAUAUCCAACAUGCCCAAGGUGAAGACAGUGGAGUUGCCUGGUGGUUUGCUCGAGGAUCACUUUGACACAUCAGUUCAAAUGAGCACUUACCUGGUGGCCUACAUUGUGUCUGACUUCCUGUCUGUGAGCAGAACCACCCAGCACGGUGUCAAGAUUUCAGUCUACGCUGUAGCUGAGAAGAUUGACCAAACAGCCUUUGCUCUGGAUGCUGCCGUGAAGCUAUUGGACUUUUAUGAUGACUAUUUUGAUAUUCCUUACCCUCUUCCUAAACAGGACCUGGCAGCCAUCCCUGACUUUCAGUCGGGUGCAAUGGAGAACUGGGGUCUGACCACCUACAGAGAGACGGGCCUCCUCUUUGACCCCGACAGGUCCUCAGUUUCAGACAAACUGGGGAUCACCAAAGUUAUCGCUCAUGAGCUCGCACACCAGUGGUUUGGGAACCUGGUGACGAUGGAGUGGUGGAAUGACCUGUGGCUCAACGAGGGUUUUGCAAAGUUCAUGGAGUUUAUUUCUCUUGACAUCACCUACCCAGAGCUGCAAGUGGAUGACUUCUUCUUGGGGAAAUGUUUUGAGGCCAUGGAGGUAGACUCCCUCAGCUCCUCCCACCCAGUCUCUACCCACGUGGAAAACCCCACACAGAUCCAGGAGAUGUUUGACGAUGUGUCAUAUGACAAGGGAGCCUGUAUUCUGAAUAUGCUGCGGGACUUCCUGACUCCUGAUGCUUUUGAGAUUGGCAUCAUCAGAUACCUGAAGCGCUACAGCUACCAAAACACCGUGAACAGCCACCUGUGGGAGAGCCUGACUAAUAUCUGCAACUCUGAUGAUCUGGAUGAAGGAGGAAAGAAACUCAAGGAAUUCUGCUCCAAACGUAACCAUUUGUCCGGAGCCUCUCAGAAAUGGUUCUCUGGUGACGAGCUGGAUGUCAGAGCCAUCAUGGACACCUGGACACUGCAGGAAGGUUUCCCACUGGUCACCGUGGAGGUCAGAGGUCGGGAGGUCAGGCUCAGUCAGGAGCGUUACCUGAAGACAGAUGACCCCUCCCUCACUGAAGGAUUCCUCUGGCAGAUCCCACUGACCUACAUGACCAGCGCCUCCAGCACUAUCCACCGCUUCCUGCUUAAGACAAAGACUGACUUCCUGUACCUGCCCGAGGAGGUGGAUUGGGUGAAGUUCAAUGUGGACAUGAGUGGAUACUACAUGGUCCAUUACACAGGCCAGGGAUGGAACUCCAUCAUCAAAGUGCUGCAACACAACCACACAGCACUGAGCAGCAAUGACCGCGCAAGCCUCAUCCACAAUGUCUUCCAGCUGGUCAGUAUCGGGAAGGUGAGGCUGGACACGGCUCUGGAGCUGUCUCUGUAUCUGUCCAGAGAGACUGAGAUCAUGGCUGUGACUCAGGGCUUUGGAGAACUCGUUCCUCUCUACAAGCUGAUGGAGAAGAGAGACAUGGCUGCUCUGGAGAACCAGAUGAAGGGCUACAUUGUGGAUUUGUUCCGCGGGCUGAUGGAUCGUCAGGAGUGGACUGACUCUGGAUCGGUGUCAGAGCGCAUGCUGAGGAGUUACCUGCUGUUGUUUGGCUGUGUCAGGAACUACGCCCCCUGUGUUAAGAAAGCCACCAAGCUCUUUAACCAGUGGAAGGACUCGGAUGGCAAAAUGAGCCUCCCUGUUGACGUCACUAUGGCAGUGUUCAUGAUUGGAGUUCGAACACCAGAGGGGUGGGACUUCCUCUUUGAGAAGUACCGCAGUUCUCUGCAAAUGUCUGUAAGGAGCCGUAUGAAGUCUGCCAUGGCGUACAGUCCGCUGAAGGACAAGCUCCAGUGGAUGAUGGAGCAGAGCCUCCAAGGUGAGGUGAUGAAAACUCAGGACCUCCCAGAUGUGAUCAUCACUGUCAGCAAGAACCCUUAUGGCUACCAACUGGGCUGGGAAUUCCUGAAAGCCAACUGGCACACAAUGAUCAAGAAAUUUGACCUGGGCUCCAGCACCAUAUCACACCUUGUGACUGGGGUGACAAACCAGUACUCCACCAGGGAGAAGUUAGAUGAGGUGAGAAGCUUCUUUGGCUCCCUGACUGAGGAGACGGGCUCAGAGAUGAGAUGUAUCCGGCAGACCUACGAGACCAUCGAGGAUAACAUCCGCUGGAUGGACACCAACGUCCCUCUACUUCAGGCCUGGCUGGACAAACGUGGCCACAGAGUCGUGCAUGAAGAUUUAUAGCCGUAUGUGGAACAGUCUCAAUUGAAGUCUAAAUUAAAGUCUAAAUUGGACAGUUGUGUUGCUAAAGGCACAAACCAGAAGAUAUUUGGAAGCUUGUUGGCAGAAUUGGGGCGUCUCUUGAACUCAGACUUGAAGCCCGAAAACUGAUGACUUUGAGUAUGAGGACAAAAAAUACUUUAUCUUCGAUUUUAGCACCAGCAACUCUGGAUUUCCCCAUAAAGAUAAUAGGAAACCAAAAAAAGAAAUCAUUUUUUAUCCCGUGCCACCUGGUAAAUGGUAAAUUGAUUUUUUUCUAGUCUUCUGACUACUCAAAGCUCUUUUACACCGCAGGUCACACGUACUCAAUCAAACCCAUUCACACACCUCAUUGCAUGUAAUAAAUCACCUGGACAAACCUGACUGACGAGUCACUAAAUACUUACUUAUGGCUUUGAAAGCAUUUUUUACCGGCAGAGAUUUUUUCACAGGUUCAAGGGAUCUAAGUAAUUACAGAUUUCCUUAAAGAGUAUCCUAAUGGCAAAGAGCUGUUACUCGCUUUUAUGUUUAAAAAAAAAAAAGUUUCAAAUAAAGGUUGUUCUUGGGAUUUUAGUUUUCUUAUGAAGGCACUAUGUGGUAGUCAUGACCCCUAAGGAUCAAGGGUGUCUCUGUGUUUGUUUAGUUUGUUGACAUGUGAUUUUAAAAAACAUUUUUGCCUAAGGAUGUACAAAUUUGAAUGAAAAGUUCCUUUUGUGAAUGUCUGUUUUUGUUGAUGUAAUUUUCAUUUGUGCAGCAGAAAGCGUCGUGAACAUUGUUCAAAUCUGUACUUAGUGUCUAAUGUUGCUCAAAGAAUUUUACAACCAAUGUUUCAUCUUCAAGAAAUAUUUUGGCACCAGACCACUCCAUCUGACAAAUGUGAAAAUCUAAACAACAUAAAAAAAAAAAAGUGUUCCUCUCUUUAGAAAGAAAACCAAAAAGCAGGCCUUCUGCUAUUCUUUGGUAAAAAGGCUGUUAGAGCUUGUACUACCUAAAAGACGGUACAUCGCAAUGAUUCUUGUUUUGCACUGUUUGCUUUAGUUUGCAACACUGGUUAUAUAAGAAUGAAUUCUGAGACUACUGCUCCUUGGUAGCAUUUCUUGAUUUUCUUAAAGAUGACAAAAGCAAGUGCACUAUGAAUAACAUGUUAGUUUCAUUUCUCUGCUGCUGUAAAACCCCUCCUCUGUUUUGUAGAGCUUGGCGUUUUACAGCCAGCAUUAUUUUCAUGAAUUAAAAACUAUACCAAUUCAGUCAUUUUUAA